GGAGAUGCGGGACGCGGCUGGGCCACCCACGUGGAGGCCGCUGAGGCCACGCCCCCUGCCCAUAACCACGCCCUUUGCUCUAAGCUCCGCCCACCUGGGGGUUCCCCCGGGCUGGCCCCGCCCCGCAGCGCGUGGUGAGGGCGGGACCGGGCAGGGUUCGGUGCGGCGAGGGUCGAGUGGGUAGCGCGCUACGGGCCGGGCCGAACCGAACCUCUGCCCCGAGUGUCGCCGGGUACUGCUGUCCCCAGGCGGUGCCCUCCUGUGUCACCAGCGUUCCCGGCGCUUGUGAGUCACCAGAUCCUGCCCCACGCCGAGAGCUUCCUCCCAGCAGUGCCCUCCUUCUCCUGCCUCAUGGCCGAUGUUCUUCUCUGCGCUACCCCAGCAGCCCACCCCCCUCGCCGUGACCUUGACCCCCACACCCUGUCCGUGUCUGUUUGUCUUUCUAGGCCAGCUCAUCGCCGGCUGGUCACUGGGUGUUGACUCUGCGCAUUCCUCCCCAGCUCUCAUUAACCGGGGCAGGCGCGCUGCCGGCGCACUCCGGAGCCACCCCGCUGGGCUGCGGCGGAUGCUGAUAUCUUGGGGACUUCACGUCAGGAGGUGUGAGAGGUGACCCUGGUGACUGGCGUUGCUUGGGGACGGGGGUGUGGGUUAGGGCUGGUCCCAGCUUGGGCUAAGGACAAAAACGUUGAGGUCUGCCCAGAUCUCAGCCCAUUUCAGCUCUGGGGCCCAUCCUGUACCCACUGUCACCAUGGCAAUGGAGUGGUCCGUCUGGGUCCUCCUGGUGCUCCUACCCACCGUGACCUACACGGGGGGGCCUGGCCCUGUCCUCAUCAACCGCCCCUUCGUCACCAUCUGGAACAUCCCCACCGAGCGCUGCUCCAUGAAGUACAAUGUCACCAUCAACCUGGAGGUCUUUGAUGUCUUGGCCAAUGACCACCAGUCUUUCAUUGGGCCGGACAUCACCCUCUUCUACAGUGAGGAGUUGGGGCGCUACCCCUACUACACGGCUGAGGGGGUGCCAGUGAAUGGGGGGCUUCCCCAAAACGCCAGCCUGCUGGCCCACCUGCUCCAGGCCGCCCAGGACAUCAAGGUCACCCUGCCCAGCCCUGCCUAUGAUGGCUUGGCCAUCAUUGACUGGGAGAAGUGGCGUCCGCUGUGGAUCCGCAACUGGGACUCCAUGGAUAUCUACCACCAGAAGUCAGAGGAGCUGGUACAGCAGCAGCACCCGCAGUGGUCCCCCAAGGAGGUAAAGGAGGAGGCCAUGAAGCUGUUUGAGCAGAGUGCCCGUGCCUUCAUGGAGUGGACCCUGCAGCUGGGCAAGACCCUUCGUCCUGGUGGCUACUGGGGGUUCUAUGGCUUCCCCAACUGCUACAACAAUGACUUUGACAGCCUGCCCUACACUGGGUUGUGCCCAGAGGUGGAGCACGAGAGGAACAAGGAGCUGUGGUGGCUCUGGCAGAGCAGCCGGGCACUCUAUCCCAGCAUCUACCUGCCCCCCCACUUGAAUGGCACCAGCAAAGUGCUUCCCUACGUCCGGCACCGCGUGGCCGAGGCUUUUGCUGUCGUCAAUGGCAGCAUCCCCGUCGUGCCCUACUCCCAGAUUGCUUUUGACUGCACCAGUGACUUCCUCUCCCAGGAGGACCUGAUCAACACCAUUGGGGAAAGUGCUGCUCAGGGCGCUGCCGGCAUCGUCCUCUGGGGCAGCCUCAACUACAGCAUCUCCAAGGAGAUGUGCCUGAGGCUGAAGGACUACACGGAGGGGCCCCUGGGACACUACAUUGUCAAUGUGACGGCCAGUGCCGAGCUGUGCAGCCGGAGCCUCUGCUCAGGCCGGGGCCGCUGCGUGCGCCGGGACAAUCAGCGAGGCUUCUUCCACCUGGAUCCCUCCCGCUUCUCCAUUGACCUGCAAGCCAGGAAGCCCUGGCUGGUGGCACAGAGCCUGGAACCUGGUGACGAUGUCUCCCAGCUGGCCGAGGAGUUCCGCUGCCAGUGCUAUGACAAGUGGCAGGGACCCCGCUGUGACAGGCAGAGCUUUGCCCUGUGAGCUCCCCUCUGGUGCUGAGGACACUGGGCAGGGCAGGGUGAAAUUGUGGGGCUGGGAACCCGGCUGCUAAUAAAGCUGAUAGGCACC